CUCUUGAUUAGUCAGAUCUAUACCAUACUGUCUAGUGAACCGUGAGGUGAUAUUUGAAGCCCUUCCUGUUUCCCGGAGCAGCGCUCCAGUGCAUCUUUACCCCCCAGACUCCUUACUGUCAGCCCUCUUGUGAAGAUACAUGCUCGCAGUCACACCGCCCUUCACUCCGCGAAUAGCUCCUGCUCAAGUAAACAGCGUCUUCCCUUAGUGCGUGUCAGUGACACAGCCUGCUUCAGUGUAAGAAAAGAAAAAGUCGGGAACGGACAGCGGGAGGAUCCCCAUUCCAGCAAUUAUUAGGGUGGGUGAAGCAGGCGUCUGGCGAUUCUACCGAAUUAUUAAACUGAGGCGAAGUACUGCAGGACAAAGACCCGUGAAUUUAAAAACACCUUCCCGAACAGGACCAUCUGUAAAAAGACAAUACUUCGGCACUUACAGCAGAUUGACAUUCCGUAUUCAGAUGUAGAUGAAGACAUGUGGUUUCAUUGAAGUCAAAGGAAUAAAACAGAAAACCCUUCAAUCCAUAAACAUAAACUUGGAAAUCAUGGAGAAACGGAUUCCUGUGUGCUUUUCAUCCAACUUGUUUGAAGAAAUAUUCCCCCUCUCCACUCUUUGUAGUUUUGCAGCUGUAGGACUAUCCAUGUCCCAGUGAAGAAUAAGUACAUCUGCAUGAAUAGCAUGUUCAACAAGAGCUCUAGAUGAUGAGCAGUCAUAGCGGCACAGGCAUAUCAAUCAGCUUGACCACGGUGAGCCUGAAUGUGGGGCUGCAUGGGGGCCUGAUGGCUUGGCAUGUGAACAGCUCUUUGUCCAUAGCAGACUCGCUGAACCUCUCUGACUCCAAGAGCAUCUCGCAGUCAUCUAUGAAGGAGAAGAACUGGCCAGCUUUGAUGAUUUUGAUCAUCAUUAUUCUCACCAUUGGUGGAAACAUACUGGUGAUUAUGGCUGUGUCCUUCGAGAAGAAGCUCCAGAACGCUACAAACUUCUUCUUAAUGUCCCUGGCUGUCGCCGACAUGCUGGUGGGGAUUCUGGUCAUGCCGGUGUCCCUCAUUAACAUCCUUUACGACUAUGCCUGGCCUCUGCCCAGUGCAUUAUGUCCCAUCUGGAUCUAUCUGGAUGUGCUGUGCUCCACUGCGUCCAUCAUGCAUCUGUGCGCCAUCUCUCUGGAUCGCUAUGUGGCGAUACGCAACCCCAUCGAGCACAGCCGCUUCAACUCACGCACCAAGGCUAGGAUGAAGAUCGCUGCGGUCUGGACCAUAUCCAUUGGUAUUUCAAUGCCCAUUCCUGUCAUAGGCCUCCAUGACGAAUCCAAAGUUUUUGUUAAUGGAAGCUGCAUCCUAAACGAAGAGAACUUUGUUCUCAUCGGGUCCUUUGUGGCUUUUUUCAUCCCCCUCAUCAUCAUGGUCUUCACAUACUGCCUGACAGUUAAGGUUCUGCAGAGACAGGCCACUGUGUUUUUACACGAGGAAAACCCUAAACAGCAAAGGAGAAGCAGCCUGAACUGUCUAAAGAAGGAUGCCAGCCAGACUCCCUCUGACAACAUAUCCAUAAUACACAGCCUAGUACGGCCUUCCCACUUAAACUCUCCCCUCAGUAGAGAGCAGAAGACGGGUGGCAAAGGCAUGAUGCAGGCCAUUAGGAACGAGCGCAGGGCCUCCAAGGUUCUGGGAGUGGUGUUCUUUCUUUUCUUGCUUAUGUGGUGCCCAUUCUUCAUCACUAACGUCAUGUCUGUCCUCUGCAAAGGAGCCUGUGACCGAGAGCUCCUUGGAGAGCUGCUCAAUGUGUUUGCCUGGGUGGGCUACAUUUCUUCUGGAGUCAACCCCUUGGUUUACACCCUCUUCAAUAAAACCUACCGGCAGGCGUUUUCCAGUUAUAUCCGGUGCCAGUACAAGAACAGUAAAACACCCUUGAAUGGCAUACAGCAGCCGCCCAGCCUCACUACCACCAUCUAUGAGAAAGACAUCAACCUCAGCUAUAGAAACGGGAAUGAGCUGAACAGCAUGGAUCAGAACAACACUGACGAGGCACUGGAAAUGCAACCAGGUACCUUGGAAGUAUCUAUUAACAGCUGCAAUGUCAUCAUUGACAGAAUCAGCUGUGUGUAGUCUUAUUCGCUGUGGAAUAACUUCCCACUGUAAUAGACAAUAUUUAAGUAACUGCUACCAAGCCCUGGACAGUGUGUUUGGUACAAUGCAUAAUAUGACAGCCAUCACAGACUGUAUCUGUUUUUGUUUAUACAUGUGUAAAGAAUUAAUAGUAUAGAUUGUUGUAGCAAUGAUUUUUUAUGGGAAAAUAGUGAGGAAAACUUUGAUCUGUAUGUGAUGGUCAGGGUACAUUAUCCAGAUAGCACCCAGGGAUUGUGCUGUGGUAUGUGUGUUUUAAAGGCACCCUCAAAAUAUAGCUACCAAGCUGCAUUGGUAACCCUGUCCUCCUAGGCCCUCCGCUCAGCCCCUUGCAGAUUAAAUCCUGUCUUUCAAAUUCCUACAGUACUUCAGAUGUUUGGAUUUCUAGGAACGCAGUGCCCCCUUGUGGUAUUAUAGAUUAUUAUAGUUCUUGCGUGUCUCAAUUACUGCCUGGAUCAACUCC